AGGUGGAGCGCGCGCGCAGGUGUGAGGGGCGGUGUCGGCCGCGCGGUUCGCGGCGUCGCGCGGCCACCUGCGGGCUCUGGCCUCUCCUGGCGGCCCGGGUCUGGACAUUCCAUACUUUUAGGUGGCCGGGGUAGGGUUAGUGUGGGUCCGGCCCCCGGGAGUCGGGCCCCCAGCGCCCGGGCGUCGGGCCUCCUCCCCCCCCCCCCCCCCCCCCCCCACAGUCAGCGCCAGACCCCCGGCCUCCGUGAGGGCCAACUUUUGCCCUUCAUUUUCUCAGAAAAUUCUAAUGCAAGUAAUUUAACCGAGUUGUUCCCCGACAGAUCCAGGCAGACCUACCCAGUUCCUGAUAAGGACAGAGUGACCUUGACAACUUCUGUGGCCCAGAUUUCUCAAAGGAGGGAUAAAAUGACCAAGAGGAAAAAGCUUCGGACUUCAGGUGGAGAAGGAAUCCGUCCUCCAAAACUCCCAAAGAACCCAAGGCUAGGAGACUCUGGCAGGCCCCCCCAGAGUUCUGAGUGGGGCUGUUUGUUUCUCCCUGAAGAGUCAGAAGGCAGAUCAGGACCUGUUCCCUCUGCCGAACAGAGGACAGAGGAACCAGUACAGGCAGCCUCCAGCUCCCCUGCUGAGGAAGCACAAGCUCCCGCCAGUCUCCUCAGGGAACCAGAAAAGGAGCCAGCACCCCUUCCUCUUUCCCAGAAUUCAGCCAGGAGGUUUGUCCCCCAGUUUGCAAAGUCCAGGAAGACAGUGACAAGACCAGCAGAGUUGAGGGAAGAGGACCUCAGGAGUGGAACCCCUAAAAUCAGCCAGGAAACACCGCCAGGGCCCAGUAGCCAACAGGCCAGAAGCCAACUGCAAGAGGAGUCACUAGGGCUUGCUUCCUGGGAGCCCAGGGAGCUGGGAGCCCAGACCCAGGUAGACAGCACUCACCCUGAACACAGAGACCAAAACCCCAUGACACCUGUGCCUGGAAGUGGGGAUUCUCCGCCCUCGGCUUCCACCAAUGUCUCUCCAGAACGGGGGACGGUACCCUUGGCCUCAGAGAGGGCCAGCCAGGACCACCUGUCGGAGCAAGGAACCAAUACACCGGAUGGUGAAAGCAGGAAGGGAUGUUGGGUUCUAGGCUAUCAUGGCCAGAAAGGGCUCCUGCUAAGCAGUGAUGCUGAAGAGAAGGAGCCAGACCGAGGAAGCCUCCAGGAAGCAGGUGUCCAAGGGGGAGCAGAGGCUGACCUGCCUGAGGGGCACAGAGAAAAAGGAGACAGUGUCCUGGGUCCCUCCUCCACUCAGGGCCCAGAGCCCGGAUCUGCAGACCAGGCCCUCUCUGACCCCAUGCAGAUACCCAGCAAGACUAGCAGGGAAGAAGAACAGAGCUGUAGCGGCCCAAGUCACUCCUCCCUUGGGACCGUUGUCAUCACAGACAGGAGGACAGACCCCACUGAGCCAGAACAGAGGGCUCCAGAGGUGGCCAAGCCAGAUGAACAGGCCAACACCAGGGCACCUUCCUCUCCCAGUGGGAAGACCCCUGAUGGAGGCCACAGUGGGGCCCUGCUCAGCUGCAUACUUCUCACUGGGGAGACAGGAGGCAGAAGGGAGGCCAAGUGGGAAGACAAGCCCCCUGGCAACAUCCUGGGGGGCCCUGUAGGCUCCCUGGCUCUGGAUCGCAGGAUAAAAGAGCCCAUAGUAGGUGCUGGAGAUUCCAGUCUUCUAGCCUCAGAAAUGGGCCCACCUGUUGAUCAAACAAGGGCGCCUGGCCUGGAUGAAGAGGGACUGGGGGGGAUGUGUGCACUGCCUUUGCUGUUGCAGCCUGAAGGUGAAAAAGCAGCUGAGUUAAGGAGCCAGAGCCCUAAAGAAGACCUUGACUGGUUCAAUCUGUCUCUUGGAGCCUUUGCUCCUCCAGUGCACAGAGAAGCAGUGGGUGGCCCUUCCCAAGAGACCAGGGCCUGCCACGACCACCCAGAUGCCCCUGAAGAUCCCACAGGCUGGUCUGAACCCCCUCCUGGCUCUGCAGACCAGGCUCUCUUGGGGGAGUCUCCAGCCAUGGAACCUCACUUCCUGCCAGACAGCCAGAUACGGGAUGCCCUGGAAGUCCCUGACCUUGCAGCCUCACCUGAGCAGAUACUGCAGGAUGAGCAGGAGACAGUGCUACACCUCAGCCAUCAGAGACAGAGCCAUCUGCCAGCACAGAUCAGCCCUUCAGAAAGCACAGGCCCGGCAGGGGACACCAGGUUGUUUCCUCUGGGGAGCAGGCUGGACUCUUGUUGGCCUGGCACAAGCCCACAUGCUGAUGGAGGCCCCCUCACUGACUUCCAGCUGAGGACCUGUGUAGGGAUCAAAGCUUGCGAAGCUGCCAGGAUGGAGGACGCAACAGACACCGUGCGUGGCCUUGUCGUUGAGCUCUCCAACCUGAAGAAGGCAGGUUGGGCCACUGCCGGGCCCUGUGAAUCAAGGGGUCCCCACAAGAUGCUAAGUGUCAGUCUCCAGGAGUGGGUGGCUGUGUGUCCAUGUGUGUGUACACAUCCAAGCACACACACACACCCGGAUCUGUGGGGCAACAAGCCCACUGAGACAUCAUAGUUGAUCACCCAACUGCGGAGUUGGAGCUGAGGCCUUUCGCAUCUGUAAUAACUGCUGCCACGUAAACUCGAACUACACCGAGCCUGCGGCCUGCCUGGUCCCUGGCCUUCCUGCCUGGCUGGGAGCUCGUUAGAAAUGCAGGUGCUCAGGCCCCACCCAGACCUGCAGAAAUGGAAUCCACAUUUGAUGAUCGCUAUGGGGUGACCCAUGGGGUGAGCCAGGCAGUGUGGGGCCAGUUUAGACCUCAGGGAGGCUUCAGCCAAAGCUCUCAUAAACUUAUGCCCCAGCUGCCCUCCUGAGCUGAUCCACACACAACCUGACGUUUCCCUGGCUGCUGGGUCUCUCCCUCCUUGCUGCCUUGACACCUCGGCCUGGAGGACCAGCCUCCUUCCUGCCUUCUAACACUCUGAAAUCUGUCCCGACAGUCCAGCCUACCACGGUCUAACAUACUGUUAACAUGCAGACCUGGUCUUGCCCCUUCCGUGGCUCCCUAGUACCCAAGUCCAAGAUUUAUAAGGCUUUUGUGCUGUCCCCCCCAAGUCUCUGACACCUCUUCCACCAUACAUGCACACACAUUCUGUCCCAGAUACGUUAACUUCACUGGGUUCCUGAACGAGCUCCGAUGCCUGGGCCACACUUCUCAGCACUCCAUCAAACUGAAUUAGACUUUCAAAAGUCACUUCCCCCAGGAAGCCCUCCUGGACCCCUCCAUCCGGAUCCAGGUGCUUCCUCCGGACUCUCCCAUUCAGCACUCAUCACACUCUCUGAAAUGCCGCUCUCCCAUCUACAUUUUCACAUCACUGACCCUGCCCAGCACUCAGCACAAAACAGACACCCAAGCUGUUUGGCGAAAGAGUGAACAGAGGAGGAGCAUGAAGAAGCCAGGGUUCAGAGACGCUGAGAACUUCUCUCAGGCCACACAGCUCCUAAGUGCCAAGCAGGACUGGAGCCCCUGCUAUACCUAACUGCAGAUCCCACUACUAGUCCCCACAGCCUCCCCGACAGAUCCCCCCCAUGCCUGGAAAAGAAGGCGUUUCCCACAUGGGCCCAAAGAGGGAGAGUCUUGCCCAAGGCCACAAGUUAAUCCCAGCCCCAGUUUACUCACAUUGGGCAACACUUAUAGAAUAUUGCUCUAAAGUUUCUACACAGAUAUCUCCCCCCACCCCUCUAAAGUGGGUGCUUGGGUUAACCCCACUUCAUAGAGGCCCCGAAGGACUCAGCCACAGCCUGGGGCAGGUCCCCUCCACAGCGGGUCUCCCCAGCCACCU